UCACAGGAGCUGCAGACCCCGGCCCACUCAGAGGACGGGGUCGUGCACACUUCCGCUAAGACGGCAAGGCCCGCACAGAGACCUGGGGAGCGCGGCCCGCUGGACGCUGGGGGUGGACAGCCCAGCAGGCCCCGCGCGCUCCCGGCGGGGAGGCCAGCCCAGGUCCCCAAGCCCCCGGGCGCCCCGCGGCCCAGGAAGCGAGCCGCGCGCCAGGACCGCGGGGCCCCCACGCCCCUCCCCGCCGCACGGCGGCGCUGCGCAAGGCCGGCCGUUGUCCGGGGCCGUUGGGCGCCCACGUGGCUUCUGGACGCCUGGAGGCCGGCGCGGGGGCGGGCGCCAUUACGAGAGGCCGGGGGGCGCGGGGUGGAGCCGACGAGGAGCCCAGAGCGCGCCCGCGGCGGCGGCGUCGGGUGGGAAGACGAGGCGCGGCACUGGGGGGCGUGGCGGCCGGCCUGCAGGCGGGGGCGCGUCCAGGGCAGGAAGCUGGAGUCCCCGUCGAGCUGGUGGGCACGGCCCCCGCAGAGGCCUGAGGCUUCCGGCGCGACGGCAGGGGCCGCCCCCGGGGCGGCGGCGGUGGCCGCGCGGCUCGCCACGCCCGCCAUGCUCGCCGCCGGGCGCGUCGUCCAGGGCAAGCGGGCCAGAGGCGCGGCGAAGAUGCUCGAGGUCCUGGUGCUCCAGUGGUCCUCUCCUUCAGAGGCAACCAGAAGUUUAAUCUCGAAGGAAAUUUGGCUGCCCCCACCACAGUUCUACGAAAUCAGAAGACUUGAGAACUUUGCCUCCCUGUCUGACCUGCACAUCUUUUGUUUGGAUCGUGCGUCGGAAGGAGUGGAAAGAUGGCUGCCCAUCACCUUGUUCACUGCUGAUGGGGUGGUCCAGCUUUUACCUGGGGAUGAGCUAUACUUGAAAGAUUCAGACUUUUUAGAAAAAGUUUUGUCUACUGAAAAAGGUAUAGAAUAAGUCAUGAGGGAAGGCAAGAAGUUUCACCGAAUAGUGAUCCACAGCCGCCAUCACUGUAGCCUUCACGUGACCGUUCAGCCACAGUACAAGCACAUUUAUCCCAAGAACUAUGUGGCGAGUAAGAGCCACUUGUAGGGCGCCGCUCGAUGGUACGCUGGCCUGCCCGAGGUGGUGCUCAUAACAGUGAGAGCUGAUUAAACUUACUUGAAAUGUAAGAAACCUGUAAAAGUUCUGAUGCAGUGAUUCUUAGCUCUCUUGCUUAUUUUUUUUUCUGUAAACUUUACAGUAUGCCACCACAAGUAUAAAGUUUAUAAAGUAUUAAUGAUCUUGCUACCAAGAAUUCCAUGGCGAUUUCUCAUCUCAGAAGUUUAAAUAAGAUGUUCGACUGCUGUGGUUCUGCUGGUCCACUAUAUUUGCACUUUCUUUCCCAAGGUGCUGUACAGAGUAACCCAUGGGUUUCUCACACUUGCUGCUAGAAAUUAACUAAAAGGUUAAAAUGACGAUGUCACUGUUUUCUCCCUGCAUUUUAUCUUGUCAAUUAACAUUCAAUAAUACAGUUGUACAAGGAAAUCUAUUGUAGUUAGUAUUUUAAAGAAAUAUGAAGCCAUAACAAAAGCCAUCACUGUUUUUACUCUAGAGUGGUAGUUAAUGAAUGCAAAGAAGUUAGAGAGAUGUGGUAUUUAAUUAAUGCGUUUUAUUUUUGGUACAUUUAAUAUAAGUAUUUUUUCACCUCCUUUGGAGAGGAAUGUUUACUGAUUAAAGGUGAGAAAUGAUCAUUCUUUUUCAAGAUCUUGACUGUAUCAUACAAUUGAUUUCAUUUUUCAUGAAAUGUCUCCAUUCCCUACCAGUAAAAUAAAAACAAUGAUAAAUACAAAUGAAGUGUGUGUUAUUUAAUCCUGAUUAUAGGAAGUGGUUUUCAACCCCGGGCAUUUCACUCUCAGAGGACAUUUGCUGAUGACUGGAAGCCGUUUUGGUGGUCACCUCUCCAGGGGACAGGGGUCUGCUGCUGCCGUCUAGUUGGGAAAGGUGCCCAACACAGAUAGCGUUACCUGGCCAGGAGUGAGUGCUCCGAGCUGAAGUCCAUCAGCGUACACUGUGGCUUUGCCAGUGAGGACACCGGGAAACAGACCCACGCCACUCGUCAGCGCCAGAGCCAAGAGCAGAACCUGCCUCCCGGCCCUGCUCCCUGUAACGGGUUAAGGGCUAAACGGGUGGUUCAGAUGUCCCGGUAGUUAUGUGACCGGUCUUUCUCCGUGGAAGAGCUACAGUUUUGUCGUUAAUCCGAGUAAAGCUGCCCCUAGGAAUCCCUUCUGGGAGAUUCUCACCUGACUUCCCACUUGUGAUGGCCUGCUCCCCAGCCCCGAAUAAGAGGGGUGUCCUCACGCAUGGAAAAAAUUAGAUUGUUUCAGAGCCCAGCUAGUGCUCACAGCAGCUGUCUUACCUGAUGCAUUCCAGCUACCUGGGCCGCAGGUGCAGAAGCAGGAAGCGCACAGGUGUCCCUGCCCCAUGCCUAGGAUGCCGUCUGUAACCUCAGGAACAAUGACGUUGUUUCACAUUAUCAUGGCCUCUGUCUGUUCUGAGCCUCUUGGGUGAUGACCUCCGGAAACACCCAGAACUAGGCUGGCCUUGGCAUCUGUCAUUAUUUCUGAGUUUUCCCUCUCCACACCGUACGGUUAUUCCACUCCUCCUUGCCCCUUCUGUGGUCACAGCUCUGUUGGUUGCUUCCCCUCUAACUGACCUGUAGACACCCAAGUCCCUCACUGCAUGCCCUCAGACCCUCUUCUCUCUUUGAAGGAGGUAAGUGCUUCCGGGUCACAUGCUUUAAGGAGGGAAUUGUUUGCCUUUUACCUUGUUGUUUCCCCUCUCACUGGUUGGAGAGAUUUUAGUGUAAGCAGGCAGAUAGGAUAAAAAUCGAUUCGAUUUGUGAGCUGGAAGACCAUGCCUUCACCAUGCCCUGGGUGAGCUCAAGCCCCUACCUGACCCCACCUGUAUGCCCGCCUGCCAAUCAGACUAUGUAACCACUCCCCUUUGGGACACAGCGGGCCCCUCCCUAGUUUGCCCUUGUUCGCCUUGUUGCCCUUGGCCUUGGCUCUCUGCUCUCCUGCCUGUACGCUUGCUGCUGGUCUGCUCUGCCUGGUAUGGACCCAAUUUGUCUUCUAGACUUCUCUUUCUCCUCUAAAUAAAGCCCUCACUCUCCUGCACAUUAUUCUCACUGAAUAAAAAGCUUAAAAACUUACCAUGUUAUCUGGUCUAUUUGAGCCAGUAUUCAGAAUUCUUCUCUGAAUAUGUGGCAAGAGCCCGCAGGCUUAUUAAUAUUGAAAAUUAUGAAUAAGCAUGGCCGGCGCUGUGGCUCAAUAGACUAAUCCUCCACCUUGCGGCGCCGGCACACCAGGUUCUAGUCCCGGUCGGGGCGCCAGAUUCUGUCCCGGUUGCCCCUCUUCCAGGCCAGCUCUCUGCUGUGACCAGGGAGUGCAGUGGAGGAUGGCCCAAGUGCUUGGGCCCUGCACCCCAUGGGAGACCAGGAGAAGCACCUGGCUCCUGGCUUCGGAUCAGCGCAGUGCGCUGGCUGCAGCGGCCAUUGGAGGGUGAACCA